AAGCUGCGUGCUUGGGCUUCUUGAUGGAAGAGGGCAGCCCUGGGUGCUUUGUCGGGCAAGAGGUGGGCUGGGCAAGGCUGGCGUUGCCUUUGUCCGCCCCUCACUCCAGCUUGAGAGGCACCCCUGGCAUUGACUCUGGUUCUCCCCUUGGGGGAAGCUCCUGGCUCUCCUUACCUCCACCUGGGGGAGCCCAAACUCCUUGUUGAGGUGAUGCUGCAGGACUGGAGCCAAUGCAGAGCACGGACCUGGGAUAAAGGGCUGCCAUGAGGAGGGCUCACCUCUGCCUCUUCUCCACAGGUCUGUUCCUGACAGGACUCUGUGUGCCGUUUCCUGCCACCCACCAUGUCUCCGAAGGCAGCCGCUUUCCUCCUCGGACUCUUGAUUGCCACCACAGGGGCCCAAGACAGCCCCUCUCCCCAACAGCUGACUGACUUGAUCGGGCAGUACUUCACUCAGCUGAGCAACAAUGCCAAGGAGACCCUGAGACAGGCCCAGCAGUUGGACAUCAGCCAGUUCAGGGACCAGAUCCAGGACCACCUCCAGACCAUCAAUCCCUACACCGAGGAAAUGCAGAAAAAGUUGAUCCUGUAUAUCACCCAGAUAAGCGAAGAAGUGGAAAAGUUAAAUGAGAAAUUCAAGAUAGAGCUGGAGCAGCUGCAGGCGGAUAUUACUCCCUUCGCAGUGGAUGUCCAGAACCAGGUGACCACGGCUGCCGAGAACCUGAAAGCCCAGCUGACACCCUACACUGAGCAGCUGCGAGCCACGACAGACCACGUGGCCACCCAAAUCUCCCAGAAACUGGCAUAUUCAUUGCAAGAGCUGCAGGCCCAGGUGAAGGAAAACGUGGGUGACCCAGCCACCCUCUCCCCCUACAUCCAGAGGCUUCAGGAGACCGUCAACCAGCAGGUGGCAGACAUCAAGGUGCAGCUGGGCCCUUUCCCUGCAGAGCUGAAGGCCAAGGCGGACCAGGCGGUGGAGGAGCUGUACAAGCGCCUGUCCCCCUAUGCCCAGACCACGCCAGAGCAGCUGAGGCGGCAGCUGGAAGAGCUCUCCUUCCAGGUGGAAAAGAGCGCGGAGGCCUUCCGGGACAAGCUCCAGGGAGAAGCUGAGCAGUUGCGGGGACGGCUCGACACGCUUCUGCAGGGAGACCUGGUGUCCCACCUGGACAGCCUGAAGAGGGACGUUGGGCAGCAGAUUGAGGAGUUCCGUCAGCAAGCGGGGUCCUACGGGGACAGCUUCAACCAGCUGGUGGUGGAAAAGAUGCAGAAACUGGGCGAGAGGUUGCAGCCCCAUGCCAGCGGGGUGGAGGAUCACCUGAGCUUCUUGGAGAAGGAAGUCAAGGAGAAGUUUGUGGCCUUCACGGACAGCCUCCGGCAGACUGAGGAGCGCCUCCUUCCCGCCCUGGAGGAAGCAUGAAAGAGGGGAGCCCAGCGGCUCUUCCAGGAGACCCUGAGACUUUGUUGCUUGAAAUAAAAGAACUGCUCAGCCA